CCCUGUUUACCCCAGAAACCUGAACUGUGGACAGACAGAAGAGGAGAGAGAGAGAGAAAAUUCAGACACAAUAAAACUCUGAGGGGAAAAAUAUGUGGAAGGAGGAGGCAACAGCGGCCUGGGGAAGGGAUUGAAAAGUUUCCCCUGGCUUAACUUCUCCCCCCCUGCAGCAGCAGAAGCAGCGCCAGCAGCACAAGCUGACCAGGUGAACAGGUCAUGGCACGCCUAACGAAGAGACGACAGGCAGACACAAAGGCUAUCCAGCAUCUUUGGGCAGCUAUAGAAAUAAUCCGGAACCAGAAGCAAAUUGCUAACAUUGACCGCAUUACAAAGUAUAUGUCUCGAGUCCAUGGUAUGCAUCCAAAAGAAACCACACGUCAGCUGAGUUUAGCAGUCAAGGAUGGUCUCAUUGUGGAAACCCUGACCGUGGGGUGUAAAGGGUCAAAAGCUGGUAUUGAGCAAGAAGGAUAUUGGUUGCCAGGAGAUGAGAUUGCCUACGGUAUGCAGCCUUUUUCCCAGACAGCAGCAAAAAACAAGGACUGGGAAACAGAAAAUCAUGACUGGUAUUGUUUUGAAUGCCAUUUGCCUGGAGAGGUGUUGAUAUGUGACCUGUGUUUUCGUGUGUAUCAUUCCAAGUGUUUGUCUGAUGAGUUCAGGCUUAGAGACAGCAGUAGUCACUGGCAGUGCCCAGUUUGCAGGAGUAUCAAGAAGAAAAACACAAGUAAACAAGAGAUGAGCACAUACCUGCGGUUCAUCGUGUCCCGCAUGAAGGAGCGGGCUAUAGAUCUAAACAAGAAAGGGAAGGACAACAAACACCCAAUGUAUCGAAGGCUGGUGCACUCAGCUGUUGAUGUUCCUACUAUACAGGAGAAAGUAAAUGAAGGAAAGUACAGGAGUUAUGAGGAGUUCAAAGCAGAUGCUCAACUGCUUCUACACAACACAGUGAUUUUCUAUGGAGCGGACAGUGAACAAGCUGAUAUAGCAAGGAUGCUUUACAAAGACACCUGCCAUGAACUGGAUGAACUGCAGCUUUGCAAGAACUGUUUCUAUUUGUCAAAUGCGCGACCUGACAAUUGGUUCUGCUAUCCUUGUAUACCUAAUCAUGAGUUGGUUUGGGCCAAAAUGAAAGGCUUUGGGUUUUGGCCAGCCAAAGUCAUGCAGAAAGAGGACAAUCAAGUUGAUGUUCGCUUUUUUGGCCAUCACCACCAAAGGGCCUGGAUCCCCUCUGAAAACAUUCAAGACAUCACAGUUAACAUCCACCGGCUGCACGUGAAACGCAGUAUGGGAUGGAAGAAGGCCUGUGAUGAACUGGAGCUGCACCAGCGUUUUCUUCGUGAGGGGAGAUUCUGGAAAUCAAAGAAUGAGGACAAAGGGGAAGAGGAGGCAGAGUCAAGUAUCUCUUCCACUAGCAAUGAGCAACUGAAGGUUACUCAGGAACCAAGAGCAAAGAAAGGACGACGUAACCAGAGUAUGGAACUCAAGAAAGAAGAGCCAGAACCUGAAACUGAAGCAGUAAGUUCAAGCCAGGAAAUUCCCACAAUGCCUCAGCCCAUUGAAAAAGUUUCAGUCUCAACUCAGACCAAGAAGUUAAGUGCCUCUUCUCCAAAAAUGCUGCAUCGGAGCACCCAGACCAGUAAUGAUGGAGUGUGUCAGAACAUGUGCCAUGACAAAUACACCAAAAUCUUUAAUGAUUUCAAGGACAGGAUGAAAGCUGAUCACAAAAGAGAAACUGAGAGAGUUGUGCGAGAGGCAGUGGAAAAGCUGCGUACAGAGAUGGAAGAAGAGAAAAGGCAGGCUGUAAACAAAGCUGUGGCCAAUGCACAAGGAGAGAUGGACAGAAAAUGUAAGCAGGUAAAGGAGAAGUGCAAAGAAGAAUUUUUAGAAGAAAUAAAGAAACUAGCAGGUCAGCACAAGCAACUGAUUUCGCAGACCAAGAAGAAGCAGUGGUGCUACAACUGUGAAGAGGAGGCCAUGUACCACUGCUGCUGGAACACUUCCUACUGCUCCAUCAAGUGUCAGCAGGAGCACUGGCAUGCUGAACACAAACGUACCUGCCGCAGGAAAAGAUGAAAGAGUUACUCCUCCCCUAGAGCACCACCCCAAUGAUUGCUAUUCUCAGACAGAGCGGUUUUUGUUUCCAAAAAAAAAAAAAAAAAAAGCCAAAAUUGUUUAGAAUUUGCUUCCCAUUUUGCACCAGCCUUUAAACACUUUUCUUAGAAGAAAUUUUGCACAGUUAUUUCAGUCUUCUGUUAAAAAUGCUCCUCCAAAAUUUUGUCGGCAAAAUGAAUUGAAUAUCUGUUGGAGCAGGUUACUUCAAAUAAUUUUAAACUAGAGGAUUUGUUGCAUUUUCAGCAAAUUUUAAGACAUUUUUAGGUUUUACAGAGAUUUUAAUCUUUAAAAACAGCAGAUCUAAAAACAGAAAAAAUGAUGCAAGUUUAACAAAAGUUUAACAUGUUUAAAAAACAUUUAAAAACUAGUUCUGAAUGUAAGAAGUACAGAACUGUUUCAGAAAAACGAAGCAUACUACCUUGAUGUAACAUUUAUUUCUUAACCUUGUUGAGCUGGUUUUGUUCAGCUUAAUUUUACUGUUUAAAGGCAUUAUCUAUUGGUUAUACCAGUGGGUACAUGAUUGAAUUUAGGGAACAGGGUUGACACAGCAGGUGCUAGUCCUGCAUAUUUUUUCUUAAAUAUUUCCCAACUGUGUUUUAUUUUCAUUAUUUCUUUUCAAUAUAUAACUUUUAUAACAAAAUAUUAGCUUUGAUCUUGUAGUUUAAAAUCACAGGGAACUGGGGUAAUCUUUUACUGAGCUGGAUCUUAGAGAAAAAUGAAUAUUUAAAUUUUGAAGUUUGCACAUUUCGUCUUUGUUCUAACAUGAGUGCUUAUAACAAGAAUAAGAAAAGCCAAAAAAAAAAAAAAAAAACAA